AUGGAUAAAAGGCAAUUGUUGCAUCGUGGAUAUCCCGAUUCCUUCGGUCUCCGUGCUCCAUUAAAGCUUUCCAUGACGAUUAAAGAACCCCUGUUCACUAACCACGGAGAUUUCUCAAACUCCAACCGAAUAAAUGACCCUUGGUCUAAUGCUCAGCAAAAUGAACCUAGCUCUACACCUGGUGAUUUGGUUUCAUUGGCUUGGCUUCAGAAAGGUGAUAUAAUUCAAAUAGCUCCACUCGAUGGGGAAGAAGAUCAUCAGAAUUGUUUCGAGAAUUCCACAGCCUCCAUUUCUUCGGGCAAAAGUGAUGAUUUCUUAUCAACGCGUCAACCAGUGAAUCUUGAUGAACCCUUAGAAUUCUCACCAUUUACCAUCCGUCCACCAACACAGAUCGAGUCGCACACCACAAGCAGCGCAUCAAAUCUAUCGAUCCAGCGACCUGCGUCUGCAGAUACCGAACGUUAUUCUUCACCAUGUGUAGUGGAUCCCCAUGUGGUCAACACACAUCAACUCAAUCUCAGUGGUCAGGGCUUGGCGAAACCGAACUACAGUUAUACGCAUCUUAUUUUUAUGGCGAUUGAGUCCACGCCACAAAAGUGUAUGACUGUCAAUCAGAUUUACAAUUGGUGCGAAACAAAUUUUCCGUUUUAUAAGCAAGCUGGUGCAGGAUGGAAGAACUCCCUUCGGCACAAUUUGUCAAUCAACAAGUCAUUCAAACGAUUGCCACGAGAUAGUCGUGGACCAGGGCGGGGUGCCUUUUGGACGGUUGAACCCCGCGAACGACCAACUUUAAUGGAUGCAAUUAAGCGUAACCCUUGGAGCUUUGCCAAUAUGGCUGCAAUAGUCUCUGGACAGUCCGAUCAAAGCGCGAACUACAACAUGUUCGGUAUGCGCAGAUUCGGGCUGACACAGAGUGCUCCUGGGCAGGUCCUUCGUGCCGCUGGCCUCGGCAAUGCCGACUUGGUGGAUACCAAUUCCGAGGGACUGAGCAGUUCCAUCCAACUCCCCACUGGAGGUGUUAGACUAGUUCCUACUGUUGAUGGUCAUUUCAUUGCAACACAUGAUGGCCGCCUGCAACACUUGGAUAUCGGAGGUCCGUCUAGUGACGGUAGUCUCAAUGGGAGUUCAAAUCCAAAUAGCCUCGUCCUCCCAGACAGUCGGUACUGGCUGUCGCCUGAGACAAAUACAUCAGAUGCCGGAGCAGGAGUCGAGGUCGAAUGGUCUGCAGAGGAAGAAGAAAAGUACGCCCGCACCCUGCAGCUAUUAAUGGAAUCAGAUAAUCAUAGCUCUCUAUCAACUGCCAACGCCUUAUCGUGCUCCGAAAGGUCUGAUUCCACGAAGUUACAGAACCAAGAGGGAAUAUUUCUUGCAGAUGACAUCAAACUCUGCACAAAACAACGUCGAAAAUCCCGGUUGCAGCCUACACGUAUUGUCGAGGAUACUUAUCCCUAUACCUUUGCGCUAAUGGGUAAGUGCAACGAGUGUAAAGAGAAUGCUGCCUCUGGUUGUGAGUUGUGUUUGGCGAAGCGUCGUCGGUUCUUAUCCAGUUCUCUCUCAAACACGGCGAUGAAUGAUCUCAAAUUUGUGGACGUCGCGAACAGUCUGGAUUCCGAUCAAGAAUGUGGACCGGCUGGGGGUCCAACAGUCCGCAAACAGAACCAGAUUCCCACUCCUCCCGGUUCAAAAACUGAUGAGAAAAAGGAGGAGUCAGAUACACGUGAGGUAUCAGAGGAGAUAUCUGAGGAGGUUUAUGUUACUCCAGCGCCAUACAUUGAUCACGAAUACUCGCACUGUCACGCACAGCUUCGUCGACCUGACGAGAUCAGACUGGUUAACAACUUCAAUGAACUGUAUUGCGCUGAGGCUGUGAAGCGCCUUUCUAAAGGUAGAUCCUUUUCAAAACGUGACAAGAAUGGCCACAACCGCACCCGAUUGUUUCUAACCCCUUACGAUGAGAGUGAUGACGACGCAGCAGAUGAUGCUUUCAGUUCACAAGACCAGGGAACAUUCAGUGAUGAAUACAGUGAUAUUUCCGAAGAUGUUGAAUUUCGCACUGAUGAAGUGUCCGAAGUGACAGGAUAUCAAAAACGUCGCCGUGCUUUUCGGCGAUCGUUUCGCACACUAGGUCCGAACUUGGUUGAGAAUGCUUUUCGCCCUCGAGAUGGCACUCGAAGACGGUCCAGUAAACAUAGUUCUCGUGCUCGCGGUAGACGAAGAUACAGCGUUUGUCACUCGAGUUCAUCUGGCCCAGGUGUGACAAGGAGAUCAAAACGAGUUAUUCGUGCACCGAAACGUCCCUAUGAUGAUUUUGAGGACCCCUUUUCAAUUGAAGGCGAAGAAUUGAAUGGAUUUGUCACUAGAACAGCCGAUAAAAUUGAUGACAUUUACGCAGCGGGUGCCCAGGCGGACUCUGCUUCUCAAAAUCGGCCGCAGACACAUUUGAAUAUGGAAAGUGUGAAUGGUGAAGAGUGGAGUGCAGGUUCCGUCCGUGGACGUCGAGGUCGGAAAAGAGGAAGAAGGGGUCGACGAUCAAAUCUGUUAUAUACUGUCAAAGACGGCGAAUCAAACCACCUAAGCUUACCGUCCGAUCAAUCUUAUUCGACCUCAGAUGAAGAUGAAGAACUCAGAUAUCUACGUAUAGCUCGCCGACGCCAACAAAUGGAAGACAGCACGGAACAUGAUGAAGUAAGCUCAGCUGCUUCAUCCGGUUCACCGAAUUCGAACACCAACUUUAAAGGUGCCAAAAAACGUGCUGAAAAUUUGCCCUAUAAAGUCCCUUCUGGACGCAAUCCGCGAGGAACUAACGGUACUCGGACGACUCCUUUAGAGAUGACUACUGUUUGGGGACAAUCGCGUUGGGCCAUGGCUCAAAAGUUUUCCGCUCAAUCGUGGCCUGAUUGCACCCAAGUCGAUUCGGAACAAGAUGAUAUGCUCGAAGAAUCGGCAUCUGGUGUGGACGGAAAUGGUGAGGAUCUGGACGAAUGUGAUGUAGAAGAGAUUCGUCAAGCAGACCCAUCCAAAGCCGGCGAACGUACCACCGUUGAGGCUGCACAGAUUCUACUUGGGAUUAGUCAAAUGCAGAGUUUUCGUCGUCAGUCAGGAUACCUCAGUUUGGAUUCGAGUGGAACCAGCGGUAGUUUGACAAUCGAUACUUCUGAACCUGUCAAAAAUACCGAAUCAAAUUGUUCAGAAGCUCUUCCCAUGACGGAUGAAGUAUUGCUGGAUCAAAACGGUUCAACCACUUUCCACUGUUCUUCUCCCUCUCAGAAAUGA